GACUUCGUUGUGACUCCUGCGGAGCAAGAUAGAACUUUCUAUAGAUGAUACAGAGGAGGAUAAUAUAAUAUUACAGAGGGAUCUAGGGAAGCUGGAGGCGCGGGGCACAGACAUGGCAAAUGAUGUUUAAUCUUGAUAAAUUCUCUUGUAUCACUGUGGCUCAUCCUUCUUCUGGUGGUGGUCUUUUUACAGCUGUAGAUGUACCGGCCCAGCUGGGCUCCGACCUCCAUCUUAAUGUGUCCUGUCAGUUCAAUGGCAGUUAUCAAUUUGAUGUUUCCAAGGCCAAUGUGAAUAUUGGCACCUAUUAUGGUGAACUCAAGCCGAGGAAUGGACACUAUGGUCGCCUGAUAUACAACCAUGACACCUGUAUCCUCACCCUGAAGAACCUGACUGCACAGGAUGGGACCAAAUUCACUGUGACCCUGUGGAAAGACGUCAACUCAACAUUAACAUCACAUCAUAUACAAUACCGGAUCAUCAUCAGUGAUCCUGUGACGUUUCCUCCAUUUAACGAAAAUAAAAGUCAACCACCAGCAGAACACCGCAUCCAUAACACAUCCCAGAACUCUACUGAAGAUACCCGUGGAUUUGCUGCGUUCUGUCUAUCGCUGGACCCUCUUGUCAAUGCCCUGUUCCUAAUAGGUCUUCGGAUAAUUCACAAAAAUUGUAACACGCUGGAAAAGGACGUUAGGGAUUUGACUGGUCACUUCAGUUCUUGGAUCACACUUUUCUGUCAAGUGGUCCCCAUCUGUAUCCUGUCCAUCGAAAACCCCUAUUGUUUAAUCCUGUUCCUGGUUCCUAUACUUCUUCUGGUUGACCUACUGAGAUUUUUGGAUUUGCUUCCUAAACGUCUUCUAGAUGCUCUUCGAUUCAAUGAUGACACAUGUGUGAAGAUUGCUAGGUACUUGUGGAGAUUCCUCAUACUGCUCUUACAGAUCUUGUUUCCAAUCAUUGUAGGGAUCUUAUACAGUAAAUUUGGAAGCUUUAAACCAGAAUUCAAGAUUGGUUUCAUCGUCCUUUCAAUCAUCAUUUAUAUUGCUUUGAAAGGUUUUGUGGUCUUCAUCAUUUUCUUCUGUUGUAAAACUAAGACCACGUUUUCAUCGGUUUUUACAGAAGAACCUAAUACCAAUCCUGAAGGCACCGGAGAAGUCCGUGUAUGAUGGUUUUUGGCCAUCGGGAGGCGCUGGAUGUGGGUAUCCAACAACAGCCAGGAAAGGAUAGACUGUCUAGCACUUAAACUGGGAAUAAGCUUGAAUCUUGGCGGCACUUUAUUAUUUAUUAACCAUGGUUUUGUUCAUUUCAGUAUGUGCCUGUGUGGUGGCCCAGUACAGGAUGGUUUUAUGCCAUACCUUCCCUGCCCUGACAGGCAGUGUCCCUCCGUGUCCCAAUGGCCCCCUGCAGUGUUUCCCCCAUUGUAAAUAUGUAUGCAUUGAGUGUAUUGUACCUUUAAUAAAAUGUACCAUGUGAUUGUUACCCAGGAGGUACCAGUGACCAGCUGACCCCAAGAGUGACCUAUGGGCUCCCUGCUAGUCUCCCCCAUAUAAACCCUGCUGACCCUUAGAGCUCUUUGUGCUGUGGUCCAGUGCAGGCAAGUCAAUCUCAGUGUGUGUGUCCAGAGCAUUGGAGGCCUCAAGUCAAGUCCUGCAGCCACAAGUCAAGUACAAGUAAGCUAAAGCCACCGUCCUGUCAGUCAAGUCAGGUCAUCUGUCUACCCAGCGUGGCUGCACUACAUUGACCCAUCCAACUACAAGUCCCAGCAAGCCUGCAAGGUCUCUGUGCCACUGGUCACCUCCUUGGGCCUUGGCUGUACUGCAUAGACUGUACUGUACUGUCUACCCUCAGUAAAGCCACCG